CCCGCCCCAUCCUGCUCCGGCUCCCACCUCCAUUCAGUCCUGGGUCUCCGCACCUCUCCAGCCUCUGCGCCUGGGCCCGGGUCGGUUCCUAGCCAGAGUCGGGUGUCCUGGGUAGCUUGAGGACACCGGGCUGGGCAGGUGCCGAGAGCCAACCGCCUCGCUCUCUCCUUUCUCUUCACGCCGCCCGGCCCCACCCGCCAGGCGGAGCCACUCGGCGCCUGAAGCGAAGGGCCUCCGGUGCCUACGUGCAGUCGCCUCCUCCGCUUGAGCCUACGCCUUCUGCUCCAGUUGCUUUCCCAACCGAGCAGAAAAGCCGGGGGCGUGUUGCCGGGGCACUGGGAAGCCGGGAGCUUGGGCACUGCGCCUGAAGUCGCUGCUGCGCCUCCCCGCCCACGGGCGGUCGGGUCACGGUCCCUGAAGCCCCAGCCUGCCAGAUUGGAGCCCAUACUGACGUCAAGGGUAAAGGGGACCAGAGGCACCUGAGUCACCCAACCAGAAACCCAGCCUCUAGUGGGUGUUUCAUUGUGACACUGUGCGGCCUGAGGGGGAAGUACCCUCUCCUUUGAUUACCGUUGUGAAGCUAUGAAUAAACAGUUACACCCUGAGGGGUGCUAAGCUUUGGGAUUUACAGGGCUGGAGGUCAGCUCUAGAAGUCUUGAAAGUGGAGUUGUUGCAGGACACUGGGUUCCUUAGGAGCCGCCCCAGGCUUAAUGAUUGUCCAGAAGGUGGCUAUAAAGGGAGCCUGGGAGGCUGGGUGGAGGAGGGAGCAGAAAAAGCCUAACUCAGCAGGUCUGGGCACGGAGAGCUGAAAGCAGGAGCUGUGGUCAGAAGCUCGUGUCCCAGCCGGUAGGGCCUGCUCUCUCCCACCAUGGCGGCCCGAGGCUACGGCUAUUAUCGUGCUGUGAUCUUCUCAGCCAUGUUUGGAGGCUACAGCCUGUACUACUUCAACCGCAAGACCUUCUCCUUUGUUAUGCCGUCGUUGGUGGAAGAGAUCCAUCUGGACAAGGAUGACUUGGGGCUCAUCACCAGCAGCCAGUCAGCAGCCUAUGCCAUCAGCAAGUUUGUGAGUGGGGUGCUGUCUGACCAGAUGAGUGCUCGCUGGCUCUUCUCCUCUGGGCUGCUUCUAGUUGGCCUGGUCAAUGUCAUCUUUUCCUGGAGUUCCACAGUACCUGUCUUCGCUGCUCUCUGGUUCCUCAAUGGCCUGGCCCAGGGGCUGGGCUGGCCCCCAUGUGGCAAGAUCUUGCGGAAGUGGUUUGAGCCAUCUCAGUUUGGCACUUGGUGGGCCGUCCUAUCAACUAGCAUGAACCUGGCUGGAGGGCUGGGCCCCAUCCUGGCAACCAUCCUUGCCCAGAGCUAUAGCUGGCGUAGCACGCUGGCCCUGUCUGGGGCCUUGUGUGUGGUUGUCUCCUUCCUCUGUCUCCUGCUCAUCCACAAUGAACCUGCUGAUGUUGGACUCCGCAACCUUGACCCUAUCCCCUCCAAGGGCAAGAAGGGCUCCUCAAAGGAGGAGAGUACCUUACAGGAGCUGCUGCUGACCCCCUACCUGUGGGUGCUCUCCACUGGCUACCUUGUGGUAUUUGGCGUAAAGACGUGCUGUACUGACUGGGGCCAGUUCUUCCUUAUCCAGGAGAAAGGACAGUCAGCCCUCGUGGGUAGCUCCUACAUGAGUGCCCUGGAGGUUGGGGGCCUUGUAGGCAGCAUCGCAGCUGGCUACUUGUCAGACCGGGCCAUGGCAAAGGCAGGGCUGUCCAUCCACGGGAACCCCCGCCAUGGCCUACUGCUGCUCAUGAUGGCUGGCAUGACAGCAUCCAUGUACCUCUUCCGGGUAACUGUGACCAGUGACUCGCCUAAGGAUGCUGCUUUCUGGACUCCAGCUCUGCACCCUCUUGCUGAGCUCACAGGCUUUACGGAGCACGAGCUCUGGAUCCUGGUGUUGGGAGCUGUGUUUGGUUUCUCCUCUUAUGGUCCCAUUGCCUUGUUUGGAGUCAUAGCCAAUGAGAGUGCCCCUCCCAACCUGUGUGGCACCUCCCAUGCCAUUGUGGGACUCAUGGCCAAUGUGGGUGGCUUUCUGGCUGGGUUGCCCUUCAGCACCAUUGCCAAGCAUUACAGCUGGAGCACAGCCUUCUGGGUGGCUGAAGUGAUCUGUGCAGCCAGUACAGGUGCCUUCUUCCUCCUACGAAACAUCCGCACCAAGAUGGGCCGAGUGCCAAAGAAGGCUGAGUGAAGACCGUGCAAACUCUGGAGCGUCCUUUCUCACCUGUGUCAUGGGGGUUGGGAAAGGGAGGGAGGGGGCUGCUCUGGCAGCACCACCUUUGACUUUCCUUUUCUGCACCUUUUCCCUCACCCAGGUGGUGCUGGAAGUUAUCAGUGGCUAAUGAGGUCCCAGCUCCCCAUCCUAUCUCUAUUUAAAAAACAAGUUUUGGGAGUUCUCACUGUAGCACAGUGGGUUAGGAAUCCAAUUGCAGUGGCUUGGGUUGCUGCAGAGGUGUAGGUUCAACCCCUGGCCCAGCAUAGCAGGUUAAAGGACCCAGCAUUGCUACAGCUGCAGUUCGGAUUAGAUCCUUGGCCCAGGAACUUCCAUAUGCCUCAGGUGCAGCCAUAAAAAUUAAAAAAAAAAAAAAAAAAAAGAGAGAGAGAGAAAAAACCUUUGUUUCUGGACUCCGUUAGUUCCUGCCUUCAAACUGGAAACCCCAGCACUCAGGGAGUCUCCUAUACCCUUCUCCCUCUCCUGGGCCCCGUCCUGUCCCCAUCACACACCAUCCCCACCUGAGGUGACGCUCCUGUAGCAGGACAGCAGUAGCCCAGGACCGCCCUAAGACCUCUCAGCAGGGGGCAGUUGCUACUGCCAAUACCUUGGACUCCAGUGGAAGAGGGGAGGCCGUCACUCUUACCGAUACCUUGGGUACAGUAGGGGGUAAGGGUGGGAGGGUACAAAGACUUGUUAUAGAAAAUUAAAACUAGAUUUGAUACUAAA